AUGGGGGACACAGCGCCCCCACAGGCCCCCUCCGGAGGGCUGGGGGCGGCCCCCGGGGCGGGCCUCCUGGGAGGGGGCUCCGUGGCCCCGAGGGUGCACAGCGCCAUCGUGGAGCGCCUGCGGGCGCGCAUCGCCGUGUGCCGCCAGCACCACCUGAGCUGCGAGGGCCGCUACGAGCGAGGCCGGGCCGAGAGCUCGGACCGCGAGCGGGAGAGCACCCUGCAGCUCCUGAGCCUCGUGCAGCACGGCCAGGGCGCCAGGAAGACCGGCAAGCACGCCAAGGCCACGGCCGCCGCCGCCGCUGCCGCUGCUGCCGCUGCAGCCUCUGCUGCCACCGCGGCCCCUGCGCCCCCCGCAGCCCCUCCUGCAGCCCCCCAAGCCUCAGGGGCCCCGCCGCCCCCGCCGGACUAUCACCACCACCACCAGCAGCACCUGCUCAGCGGCAGCGGCAAUAACGGGAGCGGUGGUGGCCUCGAGGGCGAGCAGCAAGCGCCAGCGUCCACCCCCGGGGACCAGCGGAACUCGGCCCUGAUUGCGCUCCAGGGUUCCUUGAAAAGAAAACAGAUAGUCAAUCUGUCUCCUGCCAACAGCAAGAGGCCCAACGGCUUUGUGGACAACUCCUUCCUUGAUAUCAAAAGAAUCCGCGUUGGGGAGAACCUCUCUGCAGGACAAGGGGGUCUCCAAGUAAACAAUGGACAAAGUCAGAUUAUGUCAGGGACCUUGCCCAUGAGCCAAGCACCCCUGAGAAAGACUAACAACCUGCCUCCCCACACACAUUCUCCUGGCAAUGGCAUGUUUAACAUGGGCUUGAAAGAAGUAAAGAAGGAGCCAGGGGAGACUCUGUCUUGCAGUAAGCACAUGGAUGGCCAGAUGACCCAGGAGAAUAUUUUUUCUAAUAGGUACGGAGAUGACUCCGGAGAGCAAAUGAUGGAUCCUGAACUGCAGGAACUGUUCAAUGAACUGACCAACAUAUCUGUUCCUCCGAUGAGUGACCUUGAGCUGGAGAACAUGAUCAACGCCACCAUAAAGCAGGACGAUCCAUUUAACAUUGACUUAGGUCAGCAAAGCCAGAGAAGCACUCCCAGGCCCUCCAUUUCUAUGGAGAAGACAGUGAUCAAAAGUGAAUACUCACCUGGUCUGACCCAGGGGCCAUCGGGCUCUCCUCAGUUGAGGCCCCCAUCAGCCGGCCCUGCAUUCUCCAUGGCCAACACUGCCCUGUCCACUUCCUCCCCAAUUCCUUCAGUCCCUCAAAGCCAGGCUCAGCCUCAGACAGCCUCAGGAGCAAGCCGGGCCUUGCCAAGCUGGCAGGAAGUGUCCCAUGCCCAACAGCUCAAACAGAUAGCUGCCAACCGUCAACAGCAUGCCCGGAUGCAACAGCACCAGCAGCAGCAGCACCAGCCCACCAACUGGUCAGCCUUGCCCUCUCCCGCUGGGCCAUCUCCAGGUCCAUUUGGGCAGGAGAAAAUCCCUAGUCCUUCUUUCGGUCAGCAGCCAUUCAGCCCACAGGGCUCCCCCAUGCCUGGGGUAGCCAGCAGCAGCAGCCAGUCAAAAGUCAUGGCUAACUACAUGUACAAGGCCAGCCCCUCGGCCCAGGGUGGGCACCUGGAUGUGCUUAUGCAGCCAAAGCCUCAGGAUCUCAGUCGAAGCUUUAUGAACAGCUCGCACACGGCCAUGGAGCCCCGUCUUGGCAACACCAAGCCUUUGUUCCAUUUUAACUCAGAUCAAGCAAACCAACAGAUGCCUUCUGUUUUGCCUUCUCAGAACAAGCCUUCUCUCCUACACUACACCCAACAGCAGCAGCAGCAGCAGCAGCAACAGAGCUCGAUGUCAGCUCAGCAGCAGCAGCAGCAGCAGCGACAACAGCAACAGCAGCAACAGCAGCAACAGCAGCAGCAGCAGCAGCAGCAGCAGCAGCAGGCACAGCAGCCACCCUCUCAGCCCACCCAACCUCUGUCAAACCAGCCUUUGCUAAGGUCACCUUUGCCACUUCAGCAAAAGAUCCUGCUCCAGAAAAUGCAGAAUCCGCCCAUCACAGGACUGGGAUACCAAGUCUCCCAACAACACAGACAGGAUCAACACACUGUGGUAGGCCAGAGCACAGGCCCCAGUCCAAGUCCCAACCCCUGCUCAAAUCCAAACACUGGAAGUGGUUACAUGAACUCCCAGCAAUCACUGUUGAAUCAGCAAUUGAUGGGAAAGAAACAGACUCUACAGAGGCAGAUCCUGGAGCAGAAACAGCAGCUUCUCCUGCAGCAGCAGAUGCUGGUGGAUGCGGAGAAAAUUAAUUCACAAGAUCAGAUAAACAGACAUUUGACAAGGCCACCUCCAGAUUACAAAGACCAAAGAAGAAAUAUGGGUAACAUGCAACCAACUGCUCAGUAUUCUGGUGGCUCAUCAACAGUGAGUUUAAACUCUAACCAGACUUUGGCAAACCCAGUUUCAACACACACCAUUUUAACUCCAAAUUCCAGCCUCAUGUCUACUUCCCAUGGAACAAGAAUGCCGUCAUUAGCCACAACAGUUCAGAGCAUGGGGAUGUAUGGGAAUCUGCCUUGCAAUCAACCUGGCACAUACAGUGUCACGUCAGGAUUGAAUCAAUUGACCCAACAGAGAAACCCAAACCAAUUGAUAGCAAAUCAAAACAACCCUCUCAUGCCACGGCCACCUACCUUAGGGCCAACUAGUAAUAAUAAUGUGGCCACUUUUGCAGCAGGACCUGUUGGCAAUUCACAACAACUGAGACCGAACUUGACCCACUCUAUGGCAAGCAUGCCAGCACAGAGAACAUCGAACGUAAUGAUCACGUCCAGCACCACAGCACCCAACUGGGCCUCCCAAGAAGCGACAACCAAACAGCAGGAAGCCCUGAAGUCCGCAGGAGUCCGCUUCCCCACCGGUACCCCUGCAGCCUAUCCUCCAAACCAGCCAUUGCAACAGGCGGUAGGGAGCCAACAAUUUUCCCAGAGGGCAGUGGCUCCUCCUAACCAGAUAACACCAGCGGUGCAGAUGAGGCCUAUGAACCAAAUGAGCCAGGCAUUGAAUGGACAAGCCAUGGGUCCGCUCAGAAGUCUGAAUCUCAGACCCAAUCAGCUGAGCACACAGGUUUUGCCUAAUUUGAAUCAGCCAGGAACAGGGUUGAGUCAGCCAAGGACAGGCAUAAGCCAGCCACCAUCUCUGACACCUGGCAACUUUCCCUCACCCAACCAAAGUUCCAGGGCUUUUCAAGGAACUGACCAUGGCAGUGACUUAGCUUUUGACUUUCUCAACCAACAGACUGAUAACAUGGGCCCUGCCCUAAACAGCGAUGCUGAUUUCAUUGAGUCUUUACUGAAGACAGAGCCUGGUAAUGAUGACUGGAUGAAAGACAUAAAUCUUGAUGAAAUCUUGGGGAACAACUCCUAA